AUGAGUAAGAAGCAUCCGCGAGUCUCGAUAUUAAAAUCCUCCGACACGCUGCGGAGUUCCAAGUCGUUCACGAACAACACACCUUCCAUUAAAACCCCCCAAACGGUCACCAUCGUGACGAAUAACACCAAUGUGAAUUUCACGCGCGGGGCCAAACUAGAGAUGGAAUUGAUCUUCGACCGAUUGAAAAAGCUCGACAAAGGGGAUAGCGGGGAUGCCAUUUACGCGCGCGGGAUCGAGCAGCUCUGCCUUGAUCUCGGGAUUAAACCGAAUUCACUCGAGAUGUUUACGCUCAUCUGGCGUCUGCGGGCCGUCCGGGACGGCUGUGUGAGCCGGAGCGAGUGGCUUUUGCUGGUUUUUAACUUUGGCGUGAUGGUCUUAUCGCAACUCAAGGACCACAUUAACGAAUCCGUCCGCAUCGUGCAGGAAAAUAGAGAAGAGUUCUACUCCAUGUACAACUUCCUUUACGAUUUUAUCCGCGGCGAGAACAAUCGUCGGAUGCCCGCGGUACGCGCGGUACAGGCAUGGAAGGUGUUUUUCCCCAAUAAUAGAGAUCUGGUUGAUAAGUGGAGUCGAUGGAUCCUUGAUAAAUAUCACUAUGAGAUUUCAAGAGAUCUGUGGGGACAGACCGCUGUUUUUAUCCUAAAUAGCAAACAACAAGGCAAUAAAAUUAUCUUCACUACUGACUUGAGUCAGCUCUCGAGCGCGAUUGAUGACUUCUGUAAGUGGAAUAAUUCCAUAUCUGACUGA